ACUUGCGUGAGUUCUGAUUCAGCAAAGAAAGUUAUAACAAAUUAUAAUUUAUUUAUAAACUAUGAUACUCUAUUAUUUAACGGGAACACUGUUGUUACUUUGGAUCCAUGUUUUAUGGAGUCGUAGAGCAUUUUAUAAAUUAAUAUGGAAAAUAUCUGGGCCGUUGGGCUACCCCAUUGUGGGCAUGGCCCAUCGGUUAAUGAGGAGGGAAGAUAUUUUAUCAGCAUUUAAAGAAGAAGAACAAAAGUUCGGACAAACUUUCUUUUCUUGGCUCGGACCAUAUCCCUUUUUGAUUGUUGGCGAUCCCCAAAUAGCGCAAGAUAUUUUAACUUCUCCCCACUGCGUUAACAAAAGCUUCAUCUACAGCGCUUUGGAUGAUGGUGCUGGAAGAGGGCUGUUUAGUUUACCAAAUCCAAAGUGGAAUUUGCACAGGCGUCUUCUAAAUCCUGCAUUCGGGCACAAGGUUCUUCUGAAUUUAAUGCCCAUAUUUAAUCAAGAAGUGAAUAAACUCAUAAAAACAUUUGAAAUGCUUUUAACGGAAGAAGUCGAUUUGACAAAAGUUUUCCAGAACUUUACAUUGAAGAUUGCAGCACAAACGACAAUGGGCGACAAAAUUCCCUCCGACGGCAUAAAUAAUUUUUCCGAAGGAUUAUUGAGCUGUUAUAAAUGUGUUCAGGAUUCCAUGACCCAGAUGUGUUUUUCACCUUGGCUAAAUUUCAARGUAUUCAACUAUUUCUGGAAGAAUAAAGACUCCUAUAAAGAGGCAAAAUCGGAAAUUCGAACUUAUAUUCGCAAUUUAAUAAAACAAAAGACCAUGUACGAACCAGAAUUAUCGGAGAACAAAAGGGCAUUAGACCAAAAUAUUUUUAUACAUCGCGCUCUCAAUUUGGUUCAGAAAGGGCAUUUCGAAUGGCAGAACGUUGAAGAUGAAUGUAAUGUGAUUGUGUUUGGGGCUUUCGAAACUACUUCAAACACCCUCAUGUACAUACUGAUGUUGCUAGCAAUGUUUCCACAGUAUCAGGAUAAAGUUUUUGAUGAAGUCUGUUCCAUAUAUUCCAGUAAAGACGAUAAUGAAGUCACUUACAGCGACACACAACAGAUGAUUUACUUGGAUAUGGUGAUUAACGAAACCAUGCGGGUGAUGGCGCCAGUGCCAUUGGUCGCAAGGCAAACCGAACAAGAAGUUCGUCUAAGUAAUGAUGUUGUGAUUCCCAAGGGACUGCAAGUAGCAAUUGAUAUAUUCAAUAUGCAUCGCCGUACGGAUAUUUGGGGUCAUGAAGCACAUAUUUUUAAUCCGGAUAACUUUUUGCCAUCAAACUUGGACGGUAAACACCCUUAUGCAUUCAUACCAUUUACGAAGGGAAUUCGGAACUGCAUUGGUUGGAGAUAUGCUCUUUUAUCAAUGAAAGUAACUAUUGCUAGACUGAUAUUGAAUUAUCGGUUUUCUACUACAUUCGAAUACCAGAAUUUACACUUUGUAGAAGACAUUACAAUUAAGCUAAAGGAAACACCGCUUCUUCGAAUAUUUGAAAGAAAUAAAAAUAUACUUAAAUAAUAAUGCAUUAAUUUUAUAAUAAUUAAUUUAUCAG